CUCUCCCUUUCCCCAUCCCAUCUUCUUCCUGCUUCUCCUUCCCCUCUACCAAAUGGAAAAACGGAAUGAAACAGAAAGCCUAGAAGUGUACGGCUGAAAAUAUAUUUUCUUUGAACCGUUUCCUCCCUAGCUCUCCUGAUCUUUUAAUCCAUAUUUCAUAGUCUUUUGUUCCCUUACACCACACACAUAUAUACACAAACAUGGUUCUUAGCAACAUUCUUUAGUUGGAGGCGUAUUUAUUGUGAAGCCAAUGAAGCUGAAGUCAUCAGGGACCCUUGCUAACGCAAGCCCAUACCAAGGCUUUGGGUGGGUCCCUAGUCAUAUUUCAUACAGCCAUACGUUUUUAUCAGAUUUGCAAGCAUAAGUUAUACUGGUUCCGCUUUUGAAACAGCAGUGUAAACAGUUCUGUGAACCCUCAUUUUAGCAAAAUGAAUACAACUGGUAGAAAAAAAGACAUUUAAAAUCUGUGAAAAUUGUCCAAAGGGCAUACAUCAAAAGAUGAAACAUUUAUUCACAGAAGUCAUUAUUCAUAGCAGAAUUAAUGAAUAAAUGAAUAUCGAAUUUCUUACAUAUAGCCAGGAUGUAAAAUACCCUCUCAACCCUAUUCUAUUUUACAUUUGAUGUCUGUUUUAAAAAUUUUAAUGAGAAUAUAAAAAGAAAGUUUUCCAUGGUAAAUUAAAGAUUUUGUUUAUGAAAGUGGUUAAAUGUUGAUGUCAUUGUCAAACCAAUAUUUUUUUAAUGGGCUAUUUCUAUUGCACGUCUGUAACUUUCUAAAAUAAUAUAGAUCUUCCCCUCAUCUAUCUCACUGUUGACACAAAACUUUUUGUCCAUGUUGGGGAACUUUAUGACUCCACCUUCUGAAUGAAAAAUAACCUGGUGAAAUUCAAAUUCAUCCUAUCUCCUCACUUGCAGAUAAGGUGACACCAUGGACAUGCCAGGUCCCGUGUGCCUCAUUGAGAACAAUAAAGAGCGACUAGUGGUUAAUCCAGAAGCUCUGAAGAUCCUGUCUGCCAUUACACAGCCUGUUGUGGUGGUGGCCAUUGUGGGCCUCUACCGCACAGGCAAAUCUUACCUGAUGAACAAGCUGGCUGGGAAAACAAGAGGCUUCUCUCUGGGCUCCACAGUACAGUCUCACACCAAGGGAAUCUGGAUGUGGUGUGUGCCUCAUCCCAAGAAACCAAAACACACCCUAGUUCUCCUUGACACUGAAGGCCUGGGAGAUGUAGAGAAGGGUGACAACAAAAAUGACUCCUGGAUCUUCGCCCUGGCAAUACUGCUGAGCAGCACCUUUGUGUACAAUAGCAUGGGGACCAUAAACCAGCAGGCCAUGGAUCAACUGCACUAUGUGACAGAGCUGACAGAUCGAAUAAGGGCAAAAUCUUCACCUGAUGCAAAUAAUGUUGAGGAUUCAGCUGACUUUGUGAGCUUCUUUCCAGAUUUUGUGUGGACACUGAGGGAUUUCUCCCUAGUGUUGGAAGUGGAUGGACAAUCCAUCUCACCAGACGAGUACCUGCAGAAUUCACUCAAACUUAAGCAUGGUACCACUGAUAAAGAUAAAAAAUUUAACCUGCCCCGACUCUGCAUCCGGAAGUUCUUCCCGAACAAGAAAUGCUUUAUCUUUGACCGGCCCACUCACCGGAAGAAGCUAAGCGAACUGGAGACCAUGCACGACGACGAGCUGGACUCCGAAUUUGUGCAACAAGCUGCAGACUUCUGCUCCUACAUCUUCAGCAGUUCCAAAGUCAAAACUCUUUCAGGAGGCAUCCAGGUCAACGGGCCCCGCCUGGAGAGCCUGGUGCUGACCUAUGUCAAUGCCAUCAGCAGUGGGGAUCUGCCCUGCAUGGAGAAUGCAGUCCUGGCCUUGGCCCAGAUAGAGAACUCGGCUGCAGUGCAAAAGGCCAUUGACCACUAUGACCGGCAGAUGGGUGAGAAGGUGCAGCUGCCCACAGAAACCCUCCAGGAGCUGCUGGACCUGCACAGGGCCAGUGAGAAAGAGGCCAUCGAAGUCUUCAUGAAGAAUUCCUUUAAGGAUGUAGACCAAUUAUUUCAAAAGGACUUAGGGGCCCAGCUAGAGAAAAGGCUAGAAGACUUCUGUAAACAGAAUAAGAAAGCAUCAUCGGAUCGCUGCUCGGCUUUACUUAAAGAUAUUUUCAGUUCUUUAGAAGAAGAUAUAAAGCAGGGGGUUUAUUCUAAACCAGGAGGAUACCGUCUCUUCAUCCAGGUUAUGAAAGAGCUGAAGGAAAAGUACUAUCAGGAACCCAGAAAGGGAAUACAGAGUGAAGAAGUUCUUCAGACAUACUUGAAGUCCAAGGAGUCUGUGACUGAUGCAAUUCUACAGACAGACCAGACUCUCAAGGAAAAGGAAAAGGAGAUCGAAGUGCAACGUGUGAAAACUGAAUCUGCAGAGGCUGCAGCAAAAAUGUUGCAGGAAAUACAGAAGGAGAAUCAGCAGGUGAUGGAGGAGAAAGAAAAGAGUUAUCAGGAACAUGUGAGACAACUGACUGAGAAGAUGGAGAAAGAGAGGGCCCAGUUAAUUGCAGAGCAAGAGAGGACUCUCGCUCUUAAACUUAAGGAACAGGCCCAGUUACUAAAGGAAGGAUUCCAAGGUCAGAACCGACAACUUCAGAGAGAAAUAGAAGAUCUCAGGAAUAGGAUGGAAAACAAGAAAACCUGUAUCUUAAGCUAAAGACCUAAGGAAAAGAACUUUUCUGGACACCCUUUACCCAAGGCAUAACUCAAGCAGUUUUAGAAUUUGGAAAAAUGUCACUACACUUGAGAAAAAGUGACCUUCCUUAAGCUGAUAAGAAGAAUCUACAAAAAACCCUUCCCCUAACAAACUUAAUGAUGAAAAGUUAAUUCUUUUUCUCUAACUCAGGAACAAAGCAAGGAUGUCUAGUCUCUCCAUUCCUAUUAAACAUUGUAAUGAAAGGCUUUGUACAAUAUGGCAAAAAAUAAAACAAAUAAAUAAAAGGCAUAUAGAUCAGAAA